CAAGAUGCGGUACUCUCCUGAUCAGUGACACUUUCGAAUGCGAUUAAAUUUUUGAAGGAAAUCGGGGAAAUGUUAGGUAUCCAGUUGUCCCCUAGCUUUCCAUGCUGGGGGAGAGGACUUUUGUGUAUCUUUUCUGCUGUGGUCGUUGGACUUAGUGGUGUAGUCCCCCUUCUGUUCCUCCCAAUCAAUGGUUUGUGUUCCAAGAAAGAAGUGAUUUCUCUUAAUAGAUGGCUGAGUUAUGCAACCGGAAGCCUUCUUGGAGAGGUUUUUAUUCACCUCUUGCCAGAGUCUUGGGUCCACAAUGAUAUUGUUUCUUUCCAGAAUUCUGGAUUCUGGAUGCUCACAGGACUUCUUUUAUUCUUCGUAAUUGAAAAAGUUUGUGCUCAUGAUUCUGCUGACAAGGAGGUUGAAGGUUAUUUGAAUCUCGUUGCCAACGUAAUUGACAAUUUCACUCACGGUGUGGCUAUUGCUGGAAGUUAUCUGGUAUCCCUUCGUUUAGGUGUUCUGACAACCACCUGCAUAUUAGUUCAUGAAGUUCCCCAUGAAAUGGCUGAUUUUGUAAUUUUACUGCGAAGUGGAUUUAGUCGAUGGGAAGCUGCUAAGGCGCAAUUAGCUACAGCUUCUGGAUCUACUCUCGGUGCUAUUCUCACACUUUGUGCCAAUGCAUCAGUAACCGGUUGUACAACAAAAUGGAUUCUCCCCUUCACCGCUGGUGGCUUUCUCUACAUUGCUUUGGUUUCCCUUCUACCCGAUAUUUUAAAAGAGCUAUCUUUCAAAGAAUCACUUAUUCAUCUCACUCUUAUCUUCGUUGGUUUAAUUUCAAUGGCAAUUGUCUCGUAUGCAAUGGAUUAAUAGAAAUUAGGUGUAGAGCUAACGGUAAUUGUGAUAAGUGCAAUCAGUACUUUGCAAUCACUCACUCAUCAGAACAUUAUAUAUAUAUAUAUAUAUAUAUAUAUAUAUAUAUAUAUAUAUAU